UCAAAUAUAUAAAACAAACUAGGAGUUCAACUAAAAUCUUGAAAAAUUGUCGUGAAGAAUUUCUAUAAUAUUUUUUCUAAAUUUUCAAAGCUAGUGUUAUUUGUGAAAACAUUUGUAAUGGCGGAUCAAGAGCCGACAAGUUCCCUUUUCCCUGGAACAAAUAAAUUUAGUAGCCCGAAUCCUUGUUGUUCGAAAGAGUUAAGACUGAAAAACUAUUCGAAAACGGCUUAUCCCAGUAAAAAGCAUCGCCAAUCCUCGAAGCGCAGCGGAACUUAUCGAAAAAUUAUCAAUUUUAAAUGGUCAUCGGGAGCACAAAAAAGUCAACGCAGUCCGAUGUUUUUAAGACACCUUGUCCACAAAUUAAAGCUGUAUAAAAGGGAUUUGGGAAAAUCCUCCCGGCCCCUAUUUAAGGCUGUUAUUUUGAAGGAGAUGAUUAGGUUGGGAAGGCGACCAAAUCCAAGGUUCUUAAAGGAUGUACAGCGCGCCAUGUGCAUACCAAAAUGUAAUAAAACGAAAAAUGUUACGGAAAGUUGUGCUAACCAGAUUUCUUCCAUGGAAAUUGCCGAGAUUUCUCAAGUGAAACCUAGCUGCGAACCCACACUUUUGGAACCGAAAAUCGAUUUAUUUGCAUCUCCCUUGAUGGAGAAUGAUGAAUCCGGGACUGCUGAAGUUUUCCCACAAAAUAAUUUGCAACCAUCAGAAUUAAAUUUAGAUGACCAGUGUAUAGAAGUUCUAUCCAAGCUCAGUAUUUAAUCGACAACAACAAAUGAAGAAACUAAUAGAAGUGAUCUGAAGGACUCGUUUUAACCUUUUAAUCAUUGUACUUACAAUACCGAGAAUAUGUUACUCAAAAAUUUAAUAAGUAAAGCAAGCGCUGAUUUCGUAA